GAUUAAUUUCGUUCACUUUUUUCAUUCACUUUACAUUUUAAAAUGUGCAAGUUCAUACUUAUUAACAUAUGUUUAUGGCAAUGGAUUUUUGUCAUUGUCAACUGUGACUAUUUGAGAGUAAAUACCACCACUGGUCCAAUGAUAGGCGUUUCACAGACGACAUUUGUGAAUAAAGUACCGUAUUUAUCAUACAAAGGAGUGCCCUAUGCCCAACCUCCCAUUGGAGAAUUGAGAUUUAAGACACCACUCGCAGUAAAACCAUGGUCAAACCCAAUUGUGACCACCGAUGAAUUUCAACCUUCCUGUCUCGUACUUGCUUCGUCCAAAUUUCUUGAAUUGAAUUCGAAACAAAGCGAAAAUUGCCUCUUUUUAAAUGUAUAUACGCCUGUCAUGGAUAAGAUAAAAGUUAAUAAAAAACUACCCGUGCUGUUCUUCAUCCCUGGUGGCGGAUUCACUGAAGGUGAUGGUACCGAUGGAUAUUAUGGUCCCGAUUUUAUAUUGGAGCAUGAAGUCAUUCUUGUUACAAUCAAUUAUCGUUUGGGUCCAUUUGGCUUUGCCAAUUUCGAUGUAGAAGGUUAUACUGGCAAUAUGGGACUCAAAGAUCAACGUUUAGCAUUGAAUUGGGUUAAAGAAAAUAUUGUAUUUUUCGGCGGUGAUCCAAAUUCGAUAGCAUUGGCUGGUGAAAGUGCUGGUUCAGUUUCAGUGCAUUUACAUCUAUUGACGGGUGGAUGCGAGCAUGUAAAUCGGGCAAUCAUGUGGAGUGGUCAUGCAUUCAAUUAUUGGGCAUACUAUAGAGAAAACAAUCAAUUAAAUGUGUUGAGAGAAACAUUCAAAGAUGAACUGGGAAAUAGAACGAGCAAAAGAGAUUUAUUAGAUUUCAUGAUUCAUGCAUCGGCAAAACUAAUCGUUGAAAAAACACCAACUUCUGGUUGGUCUAGAAAUACUAAUACAAUAUUUUGGACUCCGGCUAUUGAAGAUAAAAGUAAGGCCAUCCAGCCGUUUUUAACCGAAAAACCACAUAAAAUCUAUGCAAACAAUCGAUUCAGUUCUCAUUGCAAGAAUGUUGAAGUAUUUGCGGGUAUAACCAGUUCUGAAUUCAUGACAUUCAUUGACCCAAUCAAUCUCUAUUCAUGGAUUGAACCAAUGAAAUAUAAUUUAAUCAUUGGUCUACCAUAUCAUGGACUCACUUUGACGCCAGACGAUAAUAAAUACAAAUCAAUGCAGGCUAAAAUCAAACAGUUUUACUUCGGCGAUGAAGAAAUUGAAGCAACCCCCGAACAUCUGAAUCAAUACAUUCAAAUGUUUACAGAUAUACAUUUUCUGAUUCCAUUUUAUGAAACCAUGCGAUUACAUGCAAAAGUGUCGAAAAUGUUUUGUCACUUUUUUGACAUAGAUUUGGGUACAAACAUCAUAAAGAAAUCAAGACAUUUGGAAAUGGUUGAUAGAAUGGGACACAUCGAAGAUAUUGGAUACAUGUUUAAAGCAAAUCAAUUUGUCACUUUCUAUAAUCAAACAAUGGAAAACCGAAGCGAAGUUACAAAUCAAAAGACGAUAAAAGCUUGGCAUUUCGUAUCGAAACUUUUCACCGAUUUUGUUAAAACCGGUCGAUCGGCAAACAGUAGUCCCGUCGAAUCAGUGGAAAGUGCACAAUGCGUUCACAUUAUGAACGAUGGCCUUGGUUCGAUUAUUCAACCAAGAAAAGAAAGAAUGGAAUUGUGGAAUCAAAUUAGAGAAUAUCUUAAACCAUAUAUUAUCGACGAAUAUUAAAUUAUCAUGUAAAUUAUAUGGCAAUGUCACUAGCAAUGUCAUAAUAGCAUAGUGUGGCAGACUCAUGUGAAAAAAGAUAAAGGUAUACAAUUUGUUGGCAGGUACGCAUUCAAAAUAA